AUGAUAUGCAAAGGUUUUCGAACCACUGCGACAUCCGCAGCACUAACACUAGCCGGCAUCCCUCCCCUUUAUCACAGAGCCACGCAGGAAGCAGCGACCACCAGGAUACUACAACUCAGACAAGAUGCCACCUUUAAUGGACACACCUUCAGCCCCACCUCCUACGAACACCUAAGGCAUCACAGCAGACAACAUCCAGGUGACAAAGGAAAAGGAGUCAUCAUCAGCAUCCCAAAAGCUCCCUCUUCAAAUAUCACAAGCGCUCAUCCUGUCUACUAUACGGACGGCUCUAAGCAGGACGCAGGAGUCGGCAGCGCCUUCCUUCUUACCCACCAUAAUGAAGUCAUCACAAGCUGGAAGGGCCAUCUCCAACCACAUAAUAGCAUCUUCCAAGCUGAGGCACUCGCCAUCCUGAAGGCCAUAGCACACGCUGCACGCUUCAACUACCGCUCACCCAUAAUCUGCACUGACAGCCAGUCAACACUACAUGCCAUAAAAAAUCACAGACAUACAUCACCAAUCAUCAAAGACAUUCAAAGUCUACUGCAGCAGCAUCGCUUCCAACCCAGCAAGACUCAUAUGGGUGAAGGCCCAUGUGGGCCUUGCUGGCAAUGA